AUGGGAAAACACACAAAAUUCGACAGCAGCGACGACGAAUCGGCUCAUCGGUAGGAUUUUUCAAUGCUUUGCUCAAAAAACUUCGAUUUUUUUUCAUUUUUAGCGAAAAAAGGAGCCAUCACAAGGAGAAGAAGCAGGAAAGACGUGAGAGAAGUCGUUCGCCGCAGGAGAGACGCGAAAAAUCGCCGAAAAAAGAUCGACACGAAGAAAAGGUAAAAAUCCCGUGAAAAUUCGCAGAUAACCCAUAAGAAUUCACUAAAAAAAGGCGAAACUGAACUAAUUUUUGUACGGCUUCAGUUUUGUUUGCCUUGACCAUCUGAUUCGAUGUCCCGGGCCGGAAAGUGUGUGAUUGGCGGCGAAAAAGGUGAGAAAAACGCAAAUUUCCACCAAAAUCGCUUGAUUUUCAGGUUUUCACACACACAAAGUAGAAAUCGGGGGUUUUCACACAAAUUUCCACAUUUUCAGCCGGAAAAUGCUGAAAAUGGCGACAACAAAUCCGUGAUUUUCAGAGCGAUUCUCGUCGACGCGACGAUCGCGAGCACGGACGUCGUGAUUACGGGCGGGACGAGCGAAACAACUGGAAAAAGGACAGAAAUGAUCGUAGAAACGAUUUCCAGAAGAAAGACGACAAGUUAGUGAUGGAAUUUAUGCAAUUGUUCACUGAAAAUCCUUCCAGAAAUCGCCUAUCCGCCGAAGAAAUUGCCGCUCAACGAAAAGCGCUGUGGGGCAACAAGAAGGCGGCCGAACCGGUGGUAAACGCCAUUUUUAGCCUAAAAAUUCCAAUGUUGAAUAUUUUAGAAGGCAGAGUCCACGGAGGCCGCUCCAGAAGCGUCGGGAAAAAACGAAAAGCUGUGGUCGUCGGCGAUUGCGGCGACUGGAGUCGAUUCCUCGCAGGCGAACAAGUUCAUGCGACUCAUGGGCGUCAAAAAUGCGCCGAAACCUACGGUACGAACGGUUUUAAGUCAAAAUCUAUGAAAAAUUUGAAAUCUUGAAUCAAUGGGCUUUCGAAUGGUUUAAUUUUAGGGAUUUCGAGUUAACUGUCGCCAAGUCCGGUGCAAAGUCCGAAAUUACUGUGUUUACACACUUUCGAAGCUACCGUAACCCGAAAAGUCAAAUUUUCAGGAAGACUCAUCGAAUCUGUCGAACGAAAAGAAUCGCCAGGACAAAAUGCUGAACGAUCUGGAGCGCCAGUACAAAGUGGCCCGAGAAACGACGCAUAUGGGCAGAGGAAAUGGACUCGGAUUCGGACAUUAA